GAAGUGACGCCUGUAACGCAGAGACUGGUUCAGAGAAAAGCUGAGCGAGUGGCGUAGGUGAGCCGAGCAGGGUGCUGGGGUCGUGCAGCCGUUAUGAGCUGCACCAUCGAGAAGAUCCUGACAGACGCCAAGACGCUGCUGGAGAGGCUGCGGGAGCAUGAUGCGGCCGCCGAAUCGCUGGUGGAUCAGUCGGCGGCGCUGCACCGGCGGGUGGCAGCUAUGCGGGAGGCAGGGGCAGCGCUUCCGGACCAGUGUCAAGAGGAUGCAUCCGAUAUGAAGGACGUGUCCAAAUACAAACCACACAUUCUGCUGUCCCAAGAGAACACACAGAUUAGAGACUUGCAACAGGAAAACAGAGAACUAUGGGUUUCCUUGGAGGAACACCAAGAUGCCUUGGAACUCAUCAUGAGCAAGUACCGGAAACAGAUGUUACAGUUAAUGGUUGCUAAGAAAGCAGUGGAUGCCGAACCGGUCCUGAAAGCUCACCAGUCCCACUCUGCAGAAAUAGAGAGUCAGAUUGACAGAAUCUGUGAAAUGGGAGAAGUGAUGAGGAAAGCUGUUCAGGUAGAUGAUGACCAGUUUUGUAAGAUUCAGGAAAAACUAGCCCAAUUAGAGCUUGAAAAUAAGGAACUUCGAGAAUUAUUAUCCAUCAGCAGUGAGUCCCUUCAGGUCAGGAAGGAAGAUUCAAUGGAUACUGCAUCCCAAGCCAUCAAAUAACUCAACUUCUGAAUGCUAGCUGGAGAUUGUCUCUCAAGGAAGGUCUUGCCUAAGACAUGAUUUAGUAUUGAUUAAAGGUACCAGAUGGGAGUUUAGAAUUGCCAGUCAGUAUCAGCUGUGCAGAAAACAAUUUUCUGGCAUAUUAAUGAGAAUGCAUAUGAAUUUCACUGUUCCUUUCUUCAAGAGAGUUCUUUUCAUUUCUGCGACCUCAGUUUAUGCAAACUGUUUUCAGUUCACAUCUCUAAAACUUAAAGCAUUUCAUUAUAAGCCAGCAAUUUUGAUUUAUAUAGGAUUGUAAAAUGAAAAUCUAAAGAUUUUUAAAAGAAGUGUAACUUUUUAAAUCUAUUUGCUAUAAAUCUGGAUUUUUUUCAUUUGACAAAAGUAAUGCAGUUCCACAUAAUUAGAUUGGCAGAUUCUCUGAUUUAUAAUGUCAUUCACCUUCUCUGAAAUUUUAAGUCUUUCUGGUGCUAAGAGUUGGCACUUUGUAGCCUGGUUUAAUCACUCUUAAUUUGAGAGAACUUACUGGUAGUCCCAGGAAACAUACUUGAAAAUAAGCCAACUCUUUUUUUCUCCAGUUGUGGUAUGGUUGUCAUAUUGUUCAAAGAAGGCUGAGAAACUUGUCCUUAUGUGUAUGUGCAGGCACACAUGAGCUUGGUUCAAAUGCUAAAAGUAGCAUUUAUUUAUUCUAUUAAGUAUAAGUAGUCAAUUUUUCUGUUUUCUCCUACUAGGAAAUCUUCAGCUUAGGUAGUUUACCCAAUGAAAGAGCACAUAAUAGACUUACAUUAGUUCUUAUCUAAUAUAUAACUUCCAUUUUAUAGUUAAGUAUCACUUACUUAGACCUCUUUCAUUACUAGCACUAGUAGUUGGCUUUCUUUAUAAAUCCAUUUUUCACAAGGAAACAAAGUUUUAUCACCUGUUGAGAGUUACUUUAUCAUAAUGCUGUGUAGACAACAACAAAGCAAUGUUGAAAUUUAAAUGCUGGGUGGUCAGCUACGCUCACUCAUAAACUCUUUACCACUUCCCAGUUUACUCACAUUCCAGAUUCACAAAUUUUCAUGUUAUACUGUUUACUUAGGGUUACCCACAAAUAGUUGAAAUUUUGAAUGCUAAACUUGUCAAUAUUUUCCAGUAACACUGAGCACCAUACUGCAUGGGAAAGAUACAGUACUGCUCUGUGUGAUGUAAAAUUUCUUCUGUAUAGCCAUGAAGAAUUAACUCCAACUGAAAAAUGAAAUCUCUCUGAUGUCCUGAAAGCCUUUGAUCCUAGUAAUACCAAUGGACUUUGCCUUGAGUGGUGGGCCAUAAUGAAUAAGGUACAUGUCAUCUGGUCCCACAAGUUUUUAUUAAUGUCCUGCAUAGAAUUUGACUGAAAAGGACUUCCACCCUGAAAUAUGUGCAUUUUUAUUUCAUUUCCCCAGAAUAAGUAAACUUUUAGACCAGUCGUUUGCCUUGAAAUAUGCCCUAAAGUUCUUUACAUCUCAGGUCUCAAGGUAAAUCUGUAUGUUAACUUUUCCCCCUGAAAAAUCAAACUUUGAAGUAUGAGUCUAAAGGUAGUAUUUUAGGGCUUUCAGCACCCUACAUAAUAAAAAUUCUGGCUGGUGUUAACACUAUGGCGAUAAUGUAUAGUUAGAAAAUCAAAUGGGAUGGGUGAAUACUUUUGACUUUGAUUUGGGUGGAUAGUAAAGUUGCUUUUGCAGUGGAUGGAAUAACUUGAUUGAUUUGCAAAAUCUUAGUACAAAAUUAUCUUUUCUAAUAAAAACCUUUUUUGAGAUUAGCUAAUUUUAUGCAGUAAUGAGAUUAAUUAUUAGUAAGUGUAGAAUUUUUAUUUCAUAAUAAAUAUAGCAACUUUCUCAAGUAGUCGUGACAGGAGUUUUCAUAAAUUUGUAAUUAGCACAGUAUUAGUAUAACUGUACAAAUAGUUGUUGCUGAAAUGGUUUUAGAGGUUUUCUCAAUUCAUGAUUACAAAUCAUAAAUUAUAAAAACUGGGUUUGAAAGUGUUUUGAAAAAUGUUUAAAUGUCUAUAUUUACCUUUAUUACUUAAAGUACUUCAUAUUAGUACUUGAUGUAUAAUUUGAUUCAGCCAUUGAAAGUCUGUUUCAUUGUUUCUCAAAAUGUGGUUCACUGACCUACUGAAAUAGAAAUUUGGGGAUGGGGUCCAGGAAUUUGUAUUUUAAUAAGCAUCCCAGAUAGCACUUAAGGACACUGGUAUGAAAAUGUCUAGUCUAUGUGCCAGGCACUUCAUUAGGAAUUAUGAAUAGAAAAAUGGAAAAAUAUGGUGCUGUUUUUAAAGAAAAGUUGGUAGGAAAGACAAACAAGUAUGCAUGUAAUUACGGUGCAGUGUGAUAAAUCCAACAUAAUUAUAGAUAGGAUACAGAGGAGGGACUAUUUAAACUAGAAAAUCCGUUGAGAUAAUAAAUGGAUAGGAGAACCAGGAAAGCUUGGUCACAAAAAGUAAAGGAUGGAUGGUAUUGCCAAUAAUGGCUACCAUUUAUUGAGUGCUUUACUAUGUUUUAGGUACUGUAUUAUUUACUCUCUGUUUCAACCUUAUACCUCAGAUACACAGGCACAAUGAGGUUAUGUUAUUUGUCCAAACUGGAACCAAGAUUCAAGCUCAGACAGGCUCUUAAACACAUUCUUAACCACUAAGUUAUGCUGCCUUCAAAUACCAAAUAAUGCCCAGUGUUCAAGUGAUUCCUGAUUAACAAAAUCUAGUUUUAUUGAUAGUGCAAGAGAAAUACUGUAGCCCACAUAUUAAAAAAUUAUCAUGCAUUCAAUGAAUGGGGUCUUAACUAAUGAGAUACAACUGUUAUCUGUUUUCUGGAAUGAUGUAACUAAGAACAGGUGUGCAUACAACCAAAAGGAACAAUGCCCUUACUACAUACAGGAGAGGGUGCAGUUCUGUCUUUCAGAUCUGCCUCCUUAGUAGUUGGCUUUCAUCCCUCAUGCCAUUUUGUGGUUGCAAGAAGGUUGUUGCUGUGCCAGAUGACAUGUCCAUGUCUAAGGCAGGAAAAAAAUAGGAAAUGGCCUGUGCCAGCUAUAUAUAUUCUCUUUUACUAGGAAAAGCAAAGCUUUCCCAGAAAUUUCAAACAGAUUUCCCCUUGUCCUAUUUGUCUGACCAGUCAUAUGGCCGCUUAUAGUUGCAAAAGAGGCUGACCCCAGAUAAAAUCAAUAUUGUAUUAGCAAAGACAAAAAAAUAUUGACAAAGCAAUUAAUAGGUUCUGACACAGGCCCUUUUACAUUGAAUAGUUGCAUUGUGUUGAGUGAAAACGUUUUUAAAAAGUUGUUAGCUGAAGGAGUAUACUGAGGUAAUGUAACAAAGAGAAUAAACUGUGGCAGACAUCUCUUUUUGGCUGCCCAGUACCCAAACUCUCAUCCUCUCUCUAGGGAGUCCCUCAUCGUAUGAGGCAGAGCCUUCCUCUAUCCUAAGGAAUGUGAAAAGGCCCCAAUACCUAUUUUCCCAACCUUCUUUGUAAUUAGAGAAGCUACAUCUGCCUUAAACUUUAAAUCUAAAGUUAGUGAUACAAAGAAGCAGGGAAUCAUAUAGAAUCCUUUGCGUGGAGGUGGCAAUCAACAGUACUGGCUAGAACAUCCAACUCCACAAAGGAGCAGCAGAAGUGAUUCUAAUAAUAACAUCCACUAUCCCAUGUCGGCAGUCAGUGGUGUAAGCUACAUUAUCUGUGCACAAGAUUGAAGAUAGUGGGGCCUUCAUUUAAGCAAUUCUCUGACAUUAUUAGAAGCUGUAAAGCCUCUAAUUCUGGUUCUUUGGCUGUCCCAGAGAUUCUGAAAACUAUGUAAUAAGUCUUUUAAUAAAAUCAAAUCAUUUUUUGCUAAUUAACCCCAAAAUAAGCAUAAUUUUUUAAAAUGUGAAUAUAAAUUUUCACAACACUUUAAACAUAAUUUCGCACUUAGAAUAUUUUUAACAUUUGACCAUAAAAGGAUAAAUGUGCCACCCAAAUGAAUUAGCACGUGUAAUAACUCAUCAUCUAACUUAAAAAUUACAUUACCAGUACUUUGCAUUUAUCUCUGAGUUCCUCUCCUAUCCCUCCUACCCUUCUGAUCCCUCUUUUUAAUACUUUUAUCACAUAUAUGAAAGGCCUAAAACAUGUAUGUAGCCCUAAAAUGACAUUUUUUUAGUUUUGCUCCUUUUUGACUUUAUAAAAAUUGGUAUACUGUGUAUAGUCUUUGAGGAUUUAAUUUUUUCACUCAACAUUGUUUCUAAAAUUCAUCCAUUUUGUAGUAUGUGGCUGUCAUUUAUUUUCAUCAAUGUAUAAUAUUCCAUUGUGUGCCUAUAUUGUUAGGGGAUACAUAAUAUAAUAAAUUAUACAUUUUUUAAAACUUUUA